GGCGGGGGCAGGGGGCUGCGGAGUCGGUGGGUGAGGGUGCGGUGUCCGCGGGGACCCCGGCGCGCCCUCGGGCGGCGGAAGCCGGGCGCGCCCCUCUCCAGGCCGGGAUCGGGGCGGGGCGCGCGGUAUCCCCGCGGGGGGAGCUCGUCAGCCGGCGUCGCCGCCGCCAAAGUUUCCCGGAGGAGCCACGGCCGCCCUUCCUUGCCAGGCCCCGGGCGUGGGGACUAGCCGCCGGCGAGGACUGUUUCCGAGGGCAGCGGGGCCCGCUCUCCAGCCAGACCCCGCGCCUCCAUUGCGCCCAACUCGGAUUCCCAACUUGGGAGGCGCCGCGGGCCUGCGCACGCGCGCGCCUUCCUCGCCUCCUCCUCCUCUUUCUCCUCGUCCUCCCCCCACUGGGGAGCAGGCUCUGGGCCGAGCCGGGCGCAGAGACCCGCGCCCAGCGCGCUGACCCCAGGCUCCCGGCCCGCCGCCUCCGCCCAUGCCGACGCCCGCAGCCGGCCCGGUGCGCCCUCGCCCGAGGGUCAGCUAAGCGCGGGCCGGCGGCAGCGGCAAGAGGUGGGCCCGGCCCGGCGCUGCCCUCGACAGCGGCAAGUUUGGGAGUUGCACUAGUUUGCGGGGUGGGGGAGAGGCCGGGCGGGGGGCCAUGGAGGAGGACCGGGGGUCGGCGCUGGCGGCCGAGUCGGCGCUGGAGAAGAACGUGGCGGAGCUGACCGUCAUGGACGUGUACGACAUCGCGUCGCUCGUGGGCCACGAGUUCGAGCGGGUCAUCGACCAGCACGGCUGCGAGGCCAUCGCGCGCCUCAUGCCCAAGGUCGUGCGUGUCCUGGAGAUCCUGGAGGUGCUGGUCAGCCGCCACCACGUCGCGCCCGAGCUGGACGAGCUGCGCCUCGAGCUGGACCGACUGCGCCUGGAGAGGAUGGACCGCAUCGAGAAGGAGCGCAAGCACCAGAAGGAGCUGGAGCUGGUGGAGGACGUGUGGCGAGGGGAAGCACAAGACCUCCUUUCCCAGAUCGCCCAGCUGCAAGAGGAGAACAAGCAGCUCAUGACCAACCUCUCCCACAAGGACGUCAGCUUCUCUGAGGAGGAGUUCCAGAAGCACGAAGGCAUGUCGGAGCGGGAGCGACAGGUGAUGAAGAAGCUGAAGGAGGUGGUGGACAAACAGCGCGACGAGAUCCGCGCCAAGGAUCGGGAGCUCGGGCUGAAGAACGAGGACGUCGAGGCUCUGCAGCAGCAGCAGACCCGGCUGAUGAAGAUCAACCACGACCUCCGGCACCGCGUCACAGUGGUGGAGGCCCAGGGGAAGGCCCUGAUCGAACAGAAGGUAGAACUGGAGGCAGAUCUGCAAACCAAGGAGCAGGAGAUGGGCAGCCUGCGGGCGGAGCUCGGGAAGCUGAGAGAGAGGCUGCAGGGCGAGCUCAGCCAGAACGGAGAGGAGGAGCCUGUGAUGGAGCUGGGCGGAGACGCGUGUGUCUCCGAGGCGGAGAAGGUGGCCAUGGAUCUCAAGGACCCCAACCGCCCCCGGUUCACACUGCAGGAACUGCGGGAUGUGCUGCACGAGAGGAACGAGCUCAAGUCCAAAGUGUUUUUGUUGCAGGAGGAGCUGGCAUACUAUAAGAGUGAAGAAAUAGAAGAGGAAAAUCGAAUACCCCAACCUCCACCUGUCACCCACCCGAGAAUGUCCCCCCAGCCGGAGUCUGGGAUCAAGCGACUUAAAGAAGGUCCUUUAAGUGACGGGUUUAGCUUCUUCUCCCGAGAUAAGAAGCGUCUGGCCAACACGCAGAGAAACGUGCGCAUCCACGAGUCCUUUGGCCAGUGGGCCAACUGCCACCGCGACGACGGUUACACGGAGCAAGGACAGGAGGCCCUGCAGCACCUGUGACCGUGACCCAUCUCUGUCCUUGGACCUGAACCACCAGCGCCUGCAACAGAACCUGGCCGCCUUGGGUGUCACACCCUCAAACCUGAUCCCUCCAACAAACUGUCUGCUUUGAGGGAGCACGUCAAAAAACUGAUGCCAAACUCUAAAGAAACGUUUAUUUAUACCAGGGCUAUCACUGUUUCUAAUAGAUGACUCUGAUCCCUUAGGAUAUAUAUUUAAUAAGACCACGAGCGGAAGCUGACUUUUGCAUUAACUUCAGUAACGCAAGCUUCGCCAGAUACAUCACAUGCCGCUAUAAUUGCUGUUUGACUUGCUUUGUAUGAAAUUAUUUGUGUAGCGGUUUUAUGAUCACAUUUGUCAUACUUAAAUGGGAGGCAGGGAAGUGGUAGGUUUUCAUUAGUUACGUUCAUGACAUUGUCAUGGUGGUAGCAUAAUAUAUAGGAUGCAUCGACUAGACAGGCAGGGCCUCUGAAGUCACAGGAUGAGCUGGCCCAGCUUAGGCACAAAGCAAACGGAAAAUAGGGAGGACAGUCCUCCUGCCCAGAAACUGGAGACAAGUUUGCAAGAGCCUGUGGUUCUCUAUUGCACCUUGUUACUGAUAAUGCCUAGAGCAUGUAGCAAUGUUCAAGGCCAGUGCCUUGGAAUCUGCUGUGAGUUAUGCAGUACUAACCAAACAAAGUUGCUAAGGAUGAAACAUUGCAACAUUU